AUGGAACUACCGUCCUCCAAACUCCCGCUUUACUGACUCGCCUCUUGUGUCUUCUGUCUUGCACUCCAAUAAUUGGAAGUCGACAUUCAGCAUGAAGGACCUGUCACCGCAACGAGGAAGCACCGGUCGGGCAAGCUGCUUUGGCGUGCCAUACUCCGAGCACAGCAGUUUCAGGGAGCUGACGAUGUUCUGCUGUGCGCUCAACAUUGACAAGAUCAUUCCUACUGUAAAUGUUGGCUCGGGGAAGAGUCGAGAGCGCAUGAAAGGCUGGUGCGAGAAGUGGGCGGUGGAGAAGAAGAAGAACGGUCUGUUCAAGCUUGGAGAAGAUAGCUGGUGCUGAUGCUCGGCAUUGUAUCACUAAGGGAUCCUUUCAGAAUACUGCUCGAGGGAUCUUGCUCAGAUGUACGCGCGGGACCCCAGGCUGCCACGCUUCCAAGGCCAAGCACCCUCUAUUACAACGCCGACACCCCGACAUGCUCGAAACUGACUCUCCGUUAUGCACUUCUCGUUCAAACACCAGCAUGCAGCUAUGUAGCUGUAUUAAAGACGAUACCAUUACGCCGUCGCCUGUGGGCUUUCGUGAGAUCAGGUCGACUUCAUUUGCAUGAACACCAUGAAUGCUGUUGCGUAGAUUGCGCUCGCUGCAACAAUAUCGACUGGUCUGUUGGUUGUUGGAAUACCCAUGAUCCACGUGAACACGACCACGAAGGCUGUGAUGAUACCAAGCCGGGCUUGACUGUCAGUGAAAUACUCGAGCAGCCACAACGACGUCAAGAGCAUGACCGAUUGGCCUAUGAUGAUGCUUCGGUUGGUCAGCUUCUCGAAUUUCUCAUUGCUGGAAUACUUCGUUAUUGUUUCCUAGAUAUGUUUUCCCGCAACAUGUUUCGCUCGAAACAGGCCAUCAGAUGUAUGUGUUAACUAGGCUGAAAGGUGUGGAAUCAUCCGCCAGCCUGUCCAGCGGGGCUGAGACGCUUCAUGCAGUCAUUCGGCCACCACACACCGUGACUGG